CGCCAAGUGCGUAUAAUGAACAAAACGGAAGUGCAACCAAAGCUUGGGCAGCGUGUACAAAUAAGUGGGCGGAAUUUGCAGGGGCGUGUAGCUUAUGUUGGUCGCACGAAUUUCUCCAGUGGCAAGUGGGUCGGUGUGGUUCUGGAUGAGGCCCUCGGUAAGAAUAAUGGCACUGUUCUUGGCAGCAGUUAUUUCAAGUGUGCGGCAAACUGUGGGCUCUUUGUGCGACCCACGCAGCUGCUAAAAGUGAUUGAGUACCCGGAAGGAGAGAAAAAUAAUUACCCAGACCUACAAACGAAAGUAGAGCGAAACGUUGCGAUAAAAAAAAUAAUGGAUGCGAAAAUUGCACAUGGAAAAGUGGAGUGCGCUGAAAUACAGGAACCAAUGUCAAGAAAACAUGCCUCGAAAGCGCAAUCUGCACCAGAUCCUACUACUCUGAAGAAGGAACAGCAACAUGAAGCGCCAGACCAGGCUGAAUCCGUGCAGGGGACUACAUCGAAGGAGCAGCCUGCGACUAUGCAGCCCGAAAGGCCAGAAAUGAUGAAAGAAACAGCUACACCAGCCGUGCAAGGAAGAAAUGCAACUGCCACAGCAAUGCCUGUCAUGACUUGCAAUCAAAGGCGCUCGACUUCGUACACUCAGUUGCGACCUACGCGUAUUAGCCAGCCUAAGCCAAACUCUUCGGCAACAGCACAAAGCACGACGGCUCAGCUGACAUUAGCCAUGCCCGUGCCUCUGGCUCUGGCCCCCAAGCGCAGUAAGACUAGUGUUAGUCCCACGAGCUGUGCAAAGCGUAACGUUGGUGCUUCAUUUGUGCAACAGGGAUUCCUCGAGAUAUUGCGGCCACAGUUUACGCUUGGAGCGCCGCUACGCACACCUAGCAGCUCGCUACCGCCCCCGGCGCCGGUCUCCUCAGCAGAUAAUUCAGAGCUGCGUAAUCUCCGCGAGGAGCUGCAGAUGCUGCGCUCCCAGCGUAGCGAAGACAAGCUAAAGUUGCUAGAACUAGAGCGUGUACGGAUACAAAACGAACAAUUGAUGGAGUUUAAAGCACAAAUCUUGACGCAGCAGAUGUUGCUUCAGCGUGAACUGCAGCGUUGUCGCCACGAGCAACGUGAGGCACUUGAUCUGGCGGCUAAGCAUCAACGCGAGCUGGAAGAGCUUGGGGACAGCAUAGAGAUGCUCACCCUGGACAAGGAGAUGGCGGAAGAGCGCACUGAAACUCUGCAAAUAGAACUGGAGCUUGCACAAGAGCGUUGCGAUGAACUGAGUCUGGAUUUGGAAAUAAUGAGAGCCGAGCAGGAUGGCAGUCUAAUCGAGAUCAAGACUGAGCAUAAUGAAAAGCAACAGCAAACAAAGCAGGCGCAGACGGCGGGCGAGCUUCGGCUGGAGCAGUAUAAUCUAAGACUUCGUGAGACGGUGGUGCGAUUACGUGACACGUUGGCGCAGGAAAAGCAGCUUUCGCAGCGAAUGCACAAGGAGCUAGAGACCAAACACUCGGAGAUCAAUGAGCUGAAAAGCAUUAAAGUGCAGUCGAGUCAGCGCGUCGAUGACAUGGAGGCCCAGCUAAUGGACUUAAAGGAGCAAGUGGACGCUUCGUUGGGUGCCGAAUCGAUGGUUACCCAAUUGGCAAGCGUAAAGCUGGAGUUGGAGGAACGUGUGAAGCUACUAGAGGACGAAGUGAACGAGCUCGAGGCACUUGAACAAAUACAGGAGCAGCUGAUUGAAAGCAAUCAGGAGUUAGAGACUGAUUUGCGAGACGAAAUUGACAAGUUAAGCUGUCAGUUGAAGAGCAAGGAACGGGAAAAGAAUGCAGCUAUGGAAAGCUUGUACGACCGCGAUCUGACUAUAAUAAAGUUCAGGGAGCUGGUACGCCAGCUGCAGGAGCAACUGCAACUCAAGGCUGAUGGCACCGGCACACUAUCCAUAGAAGACUUUAGCAGCACCAAUGAGUCACAGCAGGAGGAGCAAAGUCAGGCCGACUAUCAACAUAUUUUCAGUAUCAGCAAGGCCUAUGGACGCGCCCUGGACCAACAGCUGAGGGCGGUGGAUCUGCGCAUGAUGCGACAACAACUCGAAUACGUAUUGGCCUUUGUGCCGGAGCAGUUCAUGCUUCGAGGUGGCGAGCAUGACGUGCUUCUGGUCAUGCUGUUGCUUGAACGCAUGGGCGAGAAGUUGGAUAUUGUGUGUCAGGCUAUCAAUGAAAAGUUUCCAACAGCCUGCGAGUUUGGUCGCGACGCCAUAUUUGAAGGCUACUCUGUGCAGCGCUUUGUCUUCCGAUCUAAGUGCAUAUAUCUGCUUAAGAGCUUGCAGCUGGUGCUUCAGCAAUUCCGCUACGGUCUGAACCAUUGCGACUACGAGCUGUGCACGCAUGUCGCCAUUUAUCGAACCGACCUAGAGUCGCAGGAGCAGCAACUUGACGAUUUCGUGCAUCUGCUUAGGACCGGCCAGUUGGAUGAGCACACGAAUUGUGAUCCUAUGCAGCGAGUCCUGCACUACAUUAGCACACUGCACCAGAACCUGAUGCAACCGCAGGUUUUGGUCGAACUAAUGGACGAGCAGCAACUCUAUAGCACCCUAAUUGAGGUGUACGAGGCAGCCUUGGACUCGGUGAAUGUUAAUGCCGGGCUGCUUCACACCAUAAUACGCCUUGGCGAUGAAUCUUCCGCCUCGUUCCACUGCAUGCAACUUCUCAUGGAGCAGAGCUGUAGCCACAAGCAAAAGCUGAAGAGGUUGCAGAGGAAAUUUUGUAGCAACAAAGCUGCUUGGACGGGCAUGCAGUGUGCGCGCUACCAGCGCAUACUGGAGGCCAACGAAAUGAUCGGCGCCCUCAUUCAAAUACUGUGCGCGACGGCCCGUGAAGCUGGUAAGGAGUCGGGUGGCAUUGCUCACGAAAAGCUGUGGCGUCUGCUGGCCGUGCACUACCAGAAAUUUGCGCCCAUCCAAGAUGAGAAGCAGCGGGAGCUGGACGCUUUCAGUCUGCACUGUAUGCAGUUGCUGGACGAACAGUUGGAUGAACUGAGCACUUUGUUGGAGCCCAGCGAUGUCAACACCGAGUAUGUGCGUCAUGCCACGACGAACACGCUAAUGCAGAGAGCGGCACUAGUCAAGCGACACUACGAGGACGUGAAGACUCUGGAACUGACUGCGGGCGAAAGGGAGAAGGAAAUCAAAACGCUCAAAUAUAUGGCCAAGAUGAAGCAGCAGGACUACUCCGAGUUGCAGAUCCGCAAGGAGAUGGCCGAAAAGCAAUUAAGCCGUCUGAGCACAGACCAGUGUCUGAUACUGACACAGCUAGCGGAGGGAGUGGAACAGUUGGAGCAGUUAAUGUUAACCAAGAACACGGCUUUGCUCAGGGCUGUCGAUAUUCUUAGUGACAAGCUAAGCGCCUUGGAGCAGUCCCAGGCACACUGGCAGCAACAGCAGCAGCUGAACAGCGAAUGCGUCACCAGCUCCGCGCUCUGUUCCAAUCGUGAGCUGCACAUGGUUCAUCAGGCGUUACGUCAGGAACGGAAGCUUCGCGAGCAGUUGCAGGGAGAUAAGCUGCGUAGAAGCUUUCAGGCCUUGGAGCCGCUUCAUGUGCCACGACGUGUGAUGGAGGGGGACCAGGCCUUGGCUCACAUCGAAGCGGAUCUGAGGGCGCUGAAAAAUGCCUGGAUCCUGUCCCACCUGCAAUUGGAUCCGCAGGCUGCGGUGCGACGAACUGACAUUGAGCGGCAAGGCAGCCAUCUUCUGCGACAUAUCUUCCAAGCAUAUUGCGCCCGUCAUCCAUACCGUGCUGCGCCCUCGGAUUUCGGUUUGUUUAUUUCGAGGGACUUACGACAUGCGUUUUAGGCAUUUUUAUAUAAUUGUUAUUACGAAAUGUGAUUUCAGCUUAACUAAAUAGUUUGCUAUAUUUAUGGGUUAAUAACCAAUAAUUACUCGUACUUAAAUUAUAUAUACCAUUAGUUAAAUAAAUUAAA